AUGGCUUUCAACAAAUUGUCUUUCAUAAUUAGUGUGCUUUCUCUUCUUUCUUACUCAACAAUGUUCUCUUAUGCUCAUCAAAGUUCUCCACCAUCACCAAACCCAACUCCUUGCCCUACUGCUCCACCAUCACCAUCACCAUCACCAAGCCCAACACCUUCACCCAAAGGUCAAUGCCCCAUAGACACUUUAAAGUUAGGGGUUUGUGCUAAUCUCUUAGGAUUAAUUACUAUCGGAAAACCUCCAUUGGGUAGCAAAUGUUGUGCAUUAAUCGACAAAUUGGUUGAUUUAGAAGCCACAGUCUGUCUUUGUAUCGCACUCAAGGCGAAUGUGCUUGGAAUCAACUUAAACAUACCUCUUGAUCUCAGCUUGAUCAUUAGUGCUUGUCAAAAAACCGUUCCUCCUAAAUUCAAAUGUGCCUAA